GCAUUCACUGGUUUUGCUUAUAAAUAUGAUUUCAAUAUAGUAAGAAAUUAUCAAAGUAUACUCUUCUCUACUCUUACAAAUAAAUUGGCAAAAUAUGGCUGGGAAACAUUGUUUACUUAAGUUUGCUAUCUUCUUCACCAUUCUCCUUACUGCCACUGCUGUUGAUAUGUCUGGCACCUCGAAGGCGAUGGCAUUGGGGAGUUUUCCUCUAUAUAUGUCAAUGAUGCAGUUGAAAUUUCUUCCAAAUGAAUUUGAGUCGACUUGUGGCAGACGUUGUAGUGCAGAUGCAGAUUGCGCUGAUGGUUGGCUAUGUAGGUGGUGUUGGUGGCAUCUUGAUCCAUUUGAUAAUCAAUAUUAUUAUCGUUGUAGCAUGUUGCCAGAUUGAAGAUUAUUCUUACAUAGUUUUAAGAAAAUAGUGUCUAAUAAAGUGGAACAGAUCGAGUGAGUAAUACUUGAAUAAACUUUUUAUGUAUAUUUUUAUCACUUUCGCCAGUCCCAUGUUAUGUACUAUAUAGAAGAAUAUAUAAUCAAUAUUUUCAUUGAA